AUGUCAAUGGUAGAGUUACGUCGUAACUCUAGCCCUCAUCUCGGUUCUCUUCCUCUGCAGUCUACCAGUGGGCCUGUCUGGCGAAAAGCUUCUCAUCCUCCGCUCAAAAAUGCGAAGCCUUCGACGUCUCCUACAACCUUAGCCACGAGAGAACGUUCUGUGUCACCAGGCGUUUAUCACCGAAUGCUGUAUCAUUCAGAGGAUCUGAAAAGUUUGAUACAAUCCAUCACUCAUGAGGCCAAGAGCAUAAUCAAGGCUGAAACAUGUUCUUUAUUUUUACUGGACAAGGAAAAUAAAGAGCUCGUAGCUAAAGUUUUCGAUCGGGCUGAGAAUCUGUCGGAGAUUCGACUGCCGAUGGACAAAGGAGUUGUAGGACGUGUAGCAACUACAAGAACAAUGAUGAAUGUUCGUGAUGUAAACCGUUGUCCAUUUUUCUACACACACGUGGAUGAAGUGACAGGCUUCCAUACCAGAAAUAUUCUCUGCUUCCCGAUAAUUGACAAUGCAGGUACAUUUGUUGGUGUAGUUGAACUUUGCAACAAAGAAGGAAAAUCUGGAUUCACACGCUACGACGAGCAAAAGGCCAGGACUUUUGCUGUAUACUGCGCUACCAGUCUAUCGCAUUGUCUUCUCUACCGAAAAGUUCAGGAAGCGCAGCGUCGCACCCAUAUGGCAAGUGAAUGGGUCAUCAAAAACAGCCCAUAUAUGAUAAAUCCGAAAGAAGUCGAGGCAUUAUCAGUUAAUAAGAUUAAGCCGUGGCAUGACUGGCAUGAGCAGUUCGACAAAUUCUCAUUCGCCCCGAGAAUUGUAGGAGAUUCCUUCGAUUAUGCAGCAGCUGCUAUGACGAUGUUCGAUGACCUCGGCUUCUUGAAGCUUUAUCACAUCAAUCAAAGAACUUUGGCUAAUUUCGUUCUACGUGUUGCUAACGGAUAUCGUGAUGUGCCCUACCAUAACUGGUCACACGCCUUUGCCGUUGCUCACUUCUGUUGGCUUACAUUGAAAACUAAAGCCGUUCGUCAUGGUCUGGAUGAGAUGGAGCGUUUGUCAUUACUUAUCGCCUGUCUAUGCCAUGAUAUUGACCACCGCGGAACCAGCAAUAAUUUCCAAGUUCAGACGAACACGCCACUCGCUCAGUUAUAUUCAAGUGAAGGAAGCGUGUUGGAACGUCACCACUAUGCUCAAACUGUCACCAUUCUUAGAGACAGCAACUGCAAUAUCUUAGAUCAGCUCACUCGUACUCAAUAUCAGCGUGUUAUGAAUCACAUUCGGGAUAUUAUUUUAGCCACCGACAUUUCCGCUCAUCUUCAGAAAUUGGGAAGAAUAAAAGAAAUGGUUGGAGGAUACAAUUAUACGAGUCACGAUCAUCGCUACCUCUUCAUGUGUUUAUUAAUGACAGCCAGUGAUUUAUCCGAUCAGUCAAAAGACUUCAGUAAUUCGAAGGCAAUUGCGGAAAACAUUUAUCGUGAGUUUUUCUCUCAAGGAGACAUGGAGAAGCAAAACGGAAGUGAACCUCUAGAGAUGAUGGAUCGGGAGCGUGCUAAUGUGCCUAAGAUUCAGCUUGAGUUUAUGGAUGAUGUAGCUCUUCCAGUUUUCGAAAUGCUUUCGAAGCUAGUUCCCGAAGGAAUCUCAACGUAUCGUGCAAUUUCUCACAACAGAAAAUGUUGGAAAGCCUUAGAUGUAAUAAUGAAGAACAAAAAAAGAUCUGGAAGUAGUUUGGAGUAUUUGAGAGACAAAUCACUAGAACAAGAAGUCCUCAAAGCGGUAGCUGAAAGCGAUAAAGAGGAAAAAGAAGCUACAAGCAGAUCGAGCCGAUAA